AUGAGAGAUGUCGGCCACCUGCGUCGAGCCCUACCGAACUCUCCCCACGAUUAUACGCCGACGCACAUCUCAUGUCCCGAGAGUCGACCUUCCGUAAGAAGCGCGGCUUCGCUGUCGCCGAAUGAAACGGCCUGGCUGCAGACCAGGAGGAACAAUACCAUCGACCCGAUGCGCACGCUCCUAACACGUCUGAACAUCUCGGGGUUUGAUGCCAGUGCAUACAUUGAGAAGGUCUCCAACAAUGUCUCUGCUUUGCCCAAUAUCGGCAUUGCGGCGUCUGGAGGUGGCUGGCGAGCCUUGAUGAACGGAGCUGGCGCACUCAAGGCUUUCGAUUCGCGGACACACAACAAUACUGGCACGGGACAGCUGGGCGGGCUGCUACAGUCGGCGACGUACCUAGCAGGCUUGAGUGGAGGCGGCUGGCUUGUUGGGUCUCUCAUGGUCAACAACUGGACCUCGGUCGGAGCGUUACAAGCAGAAACAAACGGAUCAGUGUGGGAAUUUGGGAAUUCCGUCCUCGAGGGUCCCGACACUGGCGGUCUUCAGAUAUUUGACACGGCCGAGUACUAUACACACUUGGCGAGCGAUGUGACAGGAAAGGAAGAUGCAGGAUUUGACAUCUCCUUGACCGAUGUAUGGGGCCGCGCACUCUCGUUCCAACUGAUCAACGCCACGGAUGGCGGGCCGGCCUAUACUUGGUCGUCGAUUGCAUUAACAGACGCAUUCAAAAAGGGCGAACAUCCCUUCCCUAUCCUUGUUGCCGACGGACGGGCCCCAGGCCAGACAUUGAUUUCCGGGAACACGACUGUAUUCGAAUUCAACGCGUUCGAGAUGGGUACCUGGGAUGCCGAUGUCUAUGGAUUUGUUCCUACGCAAUAUCUAGGCACCAACUUUACGGCCGGCGAGGUGGUAGACAACGACAAGUGCGUGGUGGGAUUUGACAACGCCGGCUUUGUCAUGGGGACCUCGUCUUCUUUGUUCAACCAGUUUCUUCUCAACAUCAAUUCGACCGACAUCUCAAAGACGCUGAAAAGCUUCCUUCAAACCAUACUGGACGGGUUGGGCAAGGACAACAACGAUAUUGCCGAUUAUACCCCCAACCCGUUCUACAAGUACCGUCCGGAGACCGACCCAGGGGCCAACUCAACACGGCUUACUCUUGUCGAUGGAGGCGAGGAUCUUCAAAAUAUUCCGUUACACCCUCUAAUCCAACCCAAUCGGAACGUCGACGUCAUCUUCGCCGUCGAUUCUUCCGCCGACACCGACUACAACUGGCCCAACGGAACGGCACUGGUCGCCACCUACGAGCGGUCGUUGAGCGACGUCGCAAACAACACCGCCUUCCCGAGCAUCCCGGACCAAAACACGAUCGUCAAUCUGGGGCUGAACACUCGCCCGACAUUUUUUGGUUGCAAUACGUCCAAUUUUACGUCAGGAACUCAUAUCCCGCCUCUGGUCGUUUACAUUCCCAAUUCUCCAUAUGUGACAUUGAGCAAUGAGUCGACGUUUACGUUUGAAACGAACAAUUCUUACCGAGAUGCAAUUAUCUUGAAUGGCCUCAACGUCGCGAGUAUGGGCAACGGCACUGUGGAGGAGACGUGGCCCGCGUGCGUGGGCUGUGCCAUUAUCAGCCGCAGUCUGGAACGAACGGGUACGGAUGUCCCUGACGUCUGUACCAGCUGUUUCAACAAGUUCUGCUGGAAUGGUACCGUCGACUCGUCCACGCCCAAGCCCUACGAACCGACUCCUAUCCUUCAAACUGUCGAUAUUGACUCUCGUGCCGCUACGACCAUGCUGAUUAGUCGGUGGGCUACAGUCGUUGCUGCAGCCAUGGCGGUAAGCUCGAUAUUAUAA